UGUGCAUAUAAACACAAAAAUACGAAUUGAAAAGAUUAUAUUGCUUGCGUGUGGAAAGUUUAUUUUUUGUUGAAAUUAUAGUAUUUUUGGGAUUCAAUGUUUCUUUUUCGUUUAUUUAUUGAUUUAUUUGUUUCUUUCUAAAACUCAUACAAACAUCGAUUCUUCAUAAGCUUUCAUAUUUUUAGGUUAAGUAUAUAGGAUUUCCAUAAAAUCCAGUGCGUACAUUCUUGUUUUUUCGAUCACUCCUCUUGAAUUCGGGCCCGAUAUGGCGAUAGGCUCGUCUCCGUCCCAUUUUCUUCAUUAAUGCCAUUUAUUUAAAAAACCAUGAGGUCUUGAAUAUUUUAAAUAUAAAUCAGUUUUUUUAUGGCGUAAAACGUAAAAAUAAUUAUAAAAUGAAUGAUGUUAUUACUUCAUUUGUAGACUGACGUUUUUGUCGCACCCUUAUAAUAUUAUGCCGAUAAUAUUUAAUAAAUCACCUUCGUGUAAUUUAUCUUUUAAGUUCAUGCAAAGGACACGGGCUCCUGCUUCUUUAUCGUCCCAGGGACAUCAGCAAUGAAUGCGCUUUUUCACACCGGUUAAGAUACGAUUUAUCUUUUGGAAUGGGUAUGUCCGACACAAUAACAUUGGUCUUUCGGACUUUAAGCGAAAUCGACUACGAAUGUUCUGUAGAAAUAGCAGCUCAGUCCGACCAAGUUUUCCUUUUAGUAGUUAUCAAGUUCCCGGGUAACAUUGGUCCCAAUUGCGCAGUAAACCAAAACGCCUUUACAGUUAUAAAAAAAAAUAUGUGCCUCCGUCUUUGCGAUUCGCUGGGUGAACGAGACGUCCACUCGCCUUACUUCGUUGUCCCAGUGAGAGGACGAAUACGAUUUCGUUUUUUAAGCAACAGUAGUAUUAAUUCAGAUAUUAAUGCUAAUCUUUAUCAAGUAACGGCAACAUCGGCUAGACAACGCCCUAAAGAGGGUUGCUUUCGUGGUAAUGAAACAAUAUGCACUGUCAGUGGAGGUGAUUUCUGUUUUAGCAGUGGCGUUGUUUGCGACGGUAUUAAAAACUGCGGUGUUUCCGACUGGUUCGAUGAACGCAAGUCAGAAUGCAGCCUGCCUAUUGAAAAAUUAGGAUAUGCUCCGGUCAUCGCUGUAGUAGCAGCCAUUCUAUGUGCUGUCAUGGCGGCUUGCCAUACUCUGCUUAGAUGUCUACCACCUCUAGCCAACUCCUUCUUUAUAUUCAAUGCUAACGAAGACAAUAGACUUUGUAUAGAUCCAGUAUUCAAGCCCCCAGAUGUGACGAGUUACAAUGUAGAAACAGCCAGAAAGAUAUCACUAAUACCGGUAUUUUCCAGUUCCUCCUCGUUUUCUACGUCGGAUAACAAUGAGACGACAACACAAUGCACACAAUCUGCUUAUACGCAACCAACUACCGUCAAACAAGAUGAGCAGCGCGGCCGAAGAGUUUCACCACGAAAAAAAACUAUAGUACGGACAUUCACAGAACAAAUCCAUCAAAAAAUUAGGAUCGUGACUGGUCGAAAGAAAGGAGCAUCAAAAGAAGAUCCAGAGACAAGAAAGGUUACUGAAGAGGCUGAUUGCGUAAAAUCUAAAGACUAAAGCAGAAUUAAAAUUUACUAAACGAGUUCUACGAAAGAAAAAGGAUAUAUAAGUAUAAACAUGGCAAAGUAUAACAUCGCACAUGAGUAUUUUUAUCAUUUUAAGGCUUAGCCUGAAACUGUUUGAGUAUUAACGACCCAACACGAAUCCCACGAAAAAGCGUAUAUAUUUUUAAGUAUCCCCUCAUCUAAAACUAACUGAGGUCAUUUCGCUCGUUUCUUGCCAAGGCUCUGUAGUCUAUAGGUAGUUUAACGCUCUUACAAAAGCGCGUAACUGACAUAACGGAGAUUCCUAAGUAUAGGAAACUAGGCCUGCAAUUAUUACUUACUUAAAAUAACAUAAAAUAAAUUAUAAUUAAUCACAUUCACCACCAUAUUAUGUUAUACCAUAAGA